CGGCUGCAGGGGGAGGGGGGUGGGGGGGCGGCUCGGCGGCGGGUCUGCGGGCCGGGCGGGCCCCAUGGGCGGGUGUGUGGGCUCCCACCACGACUCCUCGGGCAGCCUCAACGAGAACUCGGACGGCACCGGAGUUGCUCUCGGUCGUAACCAGCCCUUGAAAAAAGAGAAACCAAAAUGGAAGAGUGAUUACCCCAUGACAGACGGACAGCUGCGCAGUAAGAGGGAUGAGUUUUGGGACACAGCACCAGCUUUUGAAGGUCGCAAGGAGAUCUGGGAUGCCCUGAAGGCUGCAGCACAUGCUUUCGAGAGCAACGAUCAUGAACUGGCACAAGCAAUCAUUGAUGGUGCAAGCAUAACACUACCACAUGGUGCUCUUACAGAGUGUUACGAUGAACUGGGCAACCGGUACCAGCUUCCUGUCUACUGCCUCGCCCCACCUAUCAACAUGAUAGAGGAGAAGGGUGACCUGGAGACUCUGGAUAUUCCUGAUCCCCCACCCAAUUCAGGGCACGAAUGCCAGCUUCGUUUGCGCCUGUCCACAGGCAAAGACCUCAAACUCAUGGUCCGCAGCAUGGACACAGUUUACCACAUGAAGAGGCGGCUGCACGCGGUGGAAGGAGUGGAGCCGGGCAGCCAGCGCUGGUUCUUCUCGGGCAGGCCACUGGCAGACAAAAUGAAACUGGAGGAGCUGAAAAUCCCAAAGGACUACGUGGUGCAAGUCAUCGUGAGCCAGCCUUUAGCAAAUCCCACCCCGGUGGAAAACUGAUUUCUGCUUGUUCAGUGAUUCUUCUUUCCUCCGUCUCUUGUUGUGGGGUUUGUUUUCACUGCCCUCUCUUCUUUUGGUUUGUCCUGGAUUGGUUCCAAGAAGUGACCAGCAAAAAUUCCAUCUGUGAUGGAGAUCUGCAAAAACAAAACAUAAAAAUGUAAACUGGCCUUUGGGGGUUGCCUGAUUUCAUAGUAAACGCAACAACAAGCAGCACAGGGCAAGGGCAAAAGAAGGAGCAGGAAAGGGAAGGGAAAGGGAUGGAGGUUCAAGGAGGGAGGGAGGAGAUUGUAUUUCACUUAAUACAAAAAUGUAAUGAUUCUUAAAACUGUAGGUGGUGUCUUGAUCCAUGGAGCCUGAGCAACAGAGAGCACUUUUAUAUAAAAAAAUUAAAAUUAAUCAAUUAAUAAAACUUAAUAUCAGCACCACAUACAGUUCAUACAGCAAUUGCAGCUGUUCUGGGUAGGUCCCGUGCUGUGUGUUCACGGGGAUCCUUUCUGGUUGGACCUGACUGGUGCUUUGUCCAGGUACCACCGAGGCACAGCUGGCCCCGGGCAGUGGAGCUGGGCUGGGGAUCAGUCUCUGUCCCACACAGGCAGCUCCUGGCGAUGCUCAGACCAAGCAAUUGUACAUUCCAAGAUGGCAACACAGUCCUGUGCCAUUGCUGGCUCCCAGGGCGGGAAUGCAGCCCGCCGGAGCCAUAGGCAAUAACUUAGUCGAUGUAUACUCUUCUUGUACUGUACUGUAAACAUACUUGCUACAAGACUGACUUUGCCUGAAGUUUACUGACUGGUUGGCACGUGAGCCUGUGCCUGCCGAGUUACUGUAUAUCAUUCAUUAAAGCAAGGUUUGACCAGGCUAGCUGAGGUGAGUGACCCCCUGGUCUGUGUGCAAGCGUUAGGUGCAUCACCUUUGUCGAGUGGCACCGAUGUAACGGGUGCAGGUUGAACUGCAGCUGCACCCAGAUGCAAUGGAUUGCAACUUCCCUUGCUCUGUUCCUAGAGGGCACAAAGUGUGGAAAGUGGUAAGGAGACAUGACAGCACAUGGUUUCAGCAGCCAGUCUUCUGGUGACUCUCUAGCCAGGACAGCUGGAGGUCUCCUCACCAACAUGCACCCGCGGCCCGGAGGAUGCCCGUGCCGCUCCACUGCCAGCGCUUCCCUGCAGAAUGUAAGAGGAGCCAGUUUUGGCAAACGACAAAUCCUUUUGAAGUCUCAAAAAUCUGAAUCAGAGCAUAUUUGGGGAGGGGAAAAUCUACUAGGUUUUUCCCUCAGUUAAAGAUGCUCUGUGUCCCUUUGGCUGCUCUGCACCCCUGUGUGGUAAUGUCUUUGGUUGAGAUCAAACGCCCUGUUCCUUUAAACAUGUUUUCUAGGUUGCUUGUUUUUUCAGCCAUCGUUGAAAUGACUUCACUUCUUCCAGAGUUGAAUGUGCUGGUCAGGUAUGAAUAGCACAUUCUUACUGGUUUCUGUCUUCCUUCUCUGAAUCAAUAUUCUAAAACUACAGUUGUCCCAGCACUUUCUCUUCUCCUAGUGAAACUGGUGGGUUACAUUGACAAUUUUAAACUUGUUACUUUUGGUCCUUCAGUAAUUCCAUGUAAGUUUCAGUUUCUUGGACUCGAAGGGAAUUCUUGCUCCAUGAGCACCAGUAUAGAGUCAGAAUGAGCAGAGGUCACUUGUACAAUAUCAUGCAUCUCUCCCAGCAGGUGGAAGGAGGUGCAGAAUUUAUAUUGAAGGUUGGGAAACAGAUCCACAUUUUAUAUGCAUUUCCCACUCUACCCCAAGUAAAUACAGCUUUCUUUUUUUGGUCCAUGUGUUGUAUUAAGCCUGCAGUUUUCUGGCAGCUCCUUUAGUCUCAGUUUGGUACAGGAUGACUGAAAUGCAUUGGCAUAACCAUGUAAAGGAAAAUGAGUUUUCUAUUCUCAUAAACACCAAAGUGACUUGGGUUUCUUUUUUCUUUCCUUUUUAAAGAUGAAAUCAAAGCUGAUAAAUACGUAUAACAAAA